AUGUGGAGUGACCUCUUCUACCCUGAUAAUCCUAAGAGAAGGGAGGAGCUCACCUGCAAAAGUCAACAGUUUCAAGAUCUGAUGGAGAACAACUUCCGAGCCACCAACCAACUAAUUGAUGUUAUGAACAAGCACUUGAAUUGCUCCUUCCAACAUAUCACACUGAACGAGGAUGCUUCUCUCCAGGAGAACUGUAAAGUGAUGAUUGAAUGCAUGCAUAAGAUCCAGGCAGUGGUAGAGAAGAUUGACAAGGAGCUGAAGGAGAAGCUGGAUCCCACCCUGUAUGAGAAGCUGCUAAACAAGUCUCUGCUUCCAGAACACUUUAAACUGGUUUCAAACGUUGUUGAAGGAGUUUGUGCAGGGACAUUUGCCUGUGUUGGGUUGGGAGUGGUGUUUAUGGGGAUUGACAUGAUUGUUGAGGCCAUUCUUGGGAGCAUUGAGCGUGAUAAACUUGAGAAGGCCCUGAAAGAGUAUGACGAAGCUUUGAAAGAAUUCAAACCAGCGUCUGAAAAAUAUCAGGAUAACAUUACCUACGUCAGGAUCAAAAUUGAGGAAUAA